GUCAUCAACGAGACUAAAGUUAUUCCAGCGCGACUAAUAGGGCGGAAACUGCCGACGGGUGGAAAAAUUGAGUUGCUCUUAACCCGUCAGAAGGGGGAAAAUACUUGGGAGGCACUGGUAAAGCCGGGCAGACGUGUUACGCAUGGGACGCGUAUCACCUUUGGAGAGGGAGCCUUAACGGGAAAAGUUCUUGCCAAAUCGUCGCUUGGUCUUUAUACUGUCCGAUUCAAAUAUAAUGGUGAUUUCGAGGAGAUUCUCGCCCAAGUGGGCAGAGUUCCCUUGCCACCCUACAUCAAGCGUGAACCGAGCCGCACUGACAAAGAGGAGUAUCAAUGUGUCUAUGCGAAGGAGGCGGGAGCAAUCGCUGCGCCAACGGCGGGAUUACAUUUUACGUUAGCGUUAUUGGAUAAACUCAAGCGAGAUGGGAUUCACCGUGUAACUCUCACGCUACAUGUUGGACUCGGCACGUUCCAACCGGUCAAAGUGGAAAAUAUUGAGAUGCACAAGAUGCACUCGGAGUAUUUUGAGCUUUCUCAAGCAAGUGCCAGUCAGAUCAAUACUGCAAAGGGGGAAGGGCGAAAAAUCGUUGCAGUCGGGACCACUUCCGUUCGCACCCUUGAAACGAUUGCUUCGGAUUGCAGCGUUGACUCGUAUCAAGGGUAUACGGAUAUUUUUAUAUAUCCCGGCUAUCAGUUCAAAGUUGUUGAUGCUUUGGUAACUAAUUUUCAUUUGCCAAAAUCAACCUUACUCAUGCUCGUCAGUGCAUUUGCCGGGCGUGAAUUUAUUUUUGAAGCUUACCAAGAAGCAAUUGCACAAAAAUAUCGCUUUUAUAGCUAUGGCGAUGCGAUGCUUAUUCUUUAA